UGUUUGUAUUUCUUUGCAGGCGUUGAUUCUGUAGGGCUUGAAAUUAUAAACAAAGUUGACAUAACUCAAUUUGCCAACUUUGAAAUGGUUAUGCGUAUCUCAUCUAACGUUCGAAGUAAAGAUGAAUUUUAUACUGACCUUAAUGGACUACAGAUACUGAAACGUAAACGUUUACCUCAGCUACCACUACAAGGAAAUUACUAUCCACUUCCAAGCCAAAUUUUUAUCCAAGAUGAUGAAGUUCGCCUGACUCUCUUGUCAGCUCAGCCUUUAGGUGCUGCAUCUUUAAAAGAAGGACAAAUUGAGGUCAUGCAAGACAGGAAGCUCAUGCAGGAUGAUAAUAGAGGACUUGGUCAAGGUGUGGAGGAUAAUCGAGUGACAAGGACAACUUUUAGACUUCUUAUAGAAGCUGUAGAAUCUGGCUGUCAGGUCAACAACGCAGCAAUACCUACACCAUCUCUAACAGCCCACCUAACUCUUAAUUCUAUGUUGCACCCUAUCCACAAACUGACAUGGCGUGAAAAUACUUCCCCUUCUUUGAGCCUGACAUAUUCAACUGUAAAUCAGGCAAGGGCACCUGAUCUUGAUAUUCAUAUUGUUUCACUGCGUUCUAUAACCACUCUUCCAAGUCCUAUGGCUCCAAAUGUGGUUCUUAACAAAACUGAAGCUGUGACUGGAGGAUUAGUAUUACAUAGGCAUCUGUUUGAUCGUUGCUUCCCCUUGCCUGCAAAUUUCCAUGAUCCAAAGGUCUGCCAACCAGGAGACUCAUGUGGUCGUUUCCUCCUUAGUGACCUCUUCCCUAAUCAUUUUGGACGAUGGAUUCAGCCAGCAUCGCUGUCAUUCAUUCAUACUGGUCCUUCACAAGAGCGCAAUCAACCUCAGCCUCUCUGUGCUAUGGACAUGCGAGCUUUCCUUCUAUCCAAAUGACCAACUUCAUAGGUUAGUAAUUUUUUUGCUGUUGAUUUAGUAUAUAGUAUAUCUUUGGAGUACCUGGUCCAUGGUCGAUUUACAUUCUGAGAUUCAAAAGUAAUCUCAACCCCAUUAAGUUAAUGGUUCGCACUUCACAAUAAGCAUAUACUCCAUUACUUUAUAAAUUGUAGAGUUCUAAGAAUAGGCAACUUAGUUAAAAGAUUUAUUUCUAUGAUUGUAAAGUAACAACAACAGUUCCUUCUAGUUACUCAGACCAGAGUUAUCACAAUGGAAUUGUAUUCUAUCGCUGCUAAGGUGGGGUCACUUUGAAGCAGAAUAUCACUCUGUUAACCAUGUUACACAUUUUCCCUAGUCACCUUGAGCACACAGUUGUAUGAUUGCAGUUAGCACCAUCCCACUGUUUGCCAAGUUAUCAAUUGUCUUUGUCUUCCUAAGGAGAUCUCCUCUAGGUUUUUUUAAAUGUUAAUUAACUCAGCAUACAAAGUAACAUAACAAAAACAGACAAGUAUUGUAGGUAACCCAAGGUAUUUCUUUUUUAUAUCUCUCUCUAUUUUUUUUCUGUAUUUUUUUAAGUUUGAACAAAUGGAAUGUAGAUCUUUAGACUGUAGGCUGGAACCUAACUUAAUUUAUUGAACUCACCUGAGAGGGAAUUGAAUAUAUCUAUCCAUCCAUCACAUAUAGGUACUCAGGACUGUCAAUAAACUGUUGUGUGUUAACUUUUAUUUAUUCUUGACUGUUUGUCUGUGAUGUAUAGCUUAUAGGUGUUUCUAGAAAAAAAUUGUUGAUAAAGAAAUAUAAAUUGAUAUUUUUAGGAAUACCAGUUUGUGGUAAAAUAACACUUUCUUAAUGGUCAUUUUUGUAGUUCAGUCAAAAGAGUAUGGAUCUGGGAAUGAAAAUACUCAUCUUUCUUGCAUUAAUCAGCAGACUGCUUUCAUGAUCUGAUUUUAAUAAGAUACUUUUAAAUUUAAUUUCUUCUACUCUAAAAUGUCUUUUGAAAACCUUCUUAGGGUCUAGUGUACAAUAUUUUUUUGUGUAGUAAAAUAAGCCUGAUUUUUUUCCUUGACAGUGAAGUUCUGUUAAAUAAUAAUGUUUUUGUGAUAAUCAAUAUGUUGUCAUUGUCAUGCUUAGAUCUGAUGAUUCUAAUGAACUGUGUGAUCUGUCUUAUCCUUCUAGCAACCUUUUUUUUCCCUUGCUUUAAUUGGCUGUGUCACAUAUGUUCAUACCAAAACAAACCUUUUCUGUAAAUAGUGUAAUCAAGUUACGGUAUGUACAUUUGCUACAAGAAUGUUUUAGAAGAGGAAUCUCUUCCUUUUUUUCUACACCUCCCUAAACCAACAUCUCUUUACUGAAAUAUGAAUCUCAUUGUUUUAGUAAAAUAAAGACGUUUCGUUUGCGAGUUAACUUA